CACUGUCUUACAUUCCAGUCUAGGAUAGUGCAAUAAUAAGGAAAUGACGUAGGAAAAAUGUCGUAUCAAUUAAAGCUAUAAAUUAAUCAACAGAAUUUUCGUACUAAACUAUUUGGUAUCGUCUUUUUACUAUACAAAUGAAUUCCAAAAUAGGAUUUAUUAAUUGAUAAAAUCAGGAGUCUAUAAAAAAAUUCUGAUUAUUGUGUAUACUACAUUAAAAUUUCUGACAUUAUUAUUACUGCUUAAUAAAAUCAAUAUCUGUAAAAAGGGGAGUGUGAAAUUAUUUUAUGGUAAAAAAUUCAUUUAUUUCAAUUAUUUUUCAAGAACAAGAAGAAAACAAAGAAAACAGAGGAUCUGAUGAAUUUCAAGUAGUAAGUUUCACCAAUAAGAUACGUAAACUUACUUCACAUUUGGAAUUGCACAAAAAAGACUAUUUAUCUCAGAGAGGUCUGCGGAAAAUUCUGGGAAAACGUCAACGGUUGCUGGCUUAUUUGUCAAAAAAAAACUAGAGCGCGCUAUAAAGAGUUAAUAGGCCAGUUGAAUAUUCGAGAGAGAAAAACUCGUUAAUUUGAAGAGUUAGUUUGAAUUAUCGCUUAAAGUUUGAUGAACUUCUUUUCGCUUUCAGCAAUUCAUGGAAGAAUGAAUCAGGAAAAACCUAUGACUGGACCAACUACAAGAAAAGACCUCAUGAUAGUCAAUAUGGGACCUCACCACCCAUCAAUGCACGAUGUUCUUCGACUCAUUGUUACUCUAGAUGGUGAACCAAUAUUGGGUUAUUUACACAGAGGUAUGGAAAAAAUUGCAGAAAAUCGAACAAUUAUACAAUAUUUGCCUUAUGUAACAUGUUGGGAUUAUUUAGCUACUAUGUUCACAGAAGCAAUAAUUGUAAAUGCACCAGAGCAAUUAGGCAAUAUUCAAGUCCCUAAAAGGGCCAGUUAUACCAGAGUCAUUAUGUUGGAGUUAAGUCGUAUAGCUUCGCAUUUGUUAUGGCUUGGCCCUUUUAUGGCAGAUAUUGGGGCGCAGACUCCUUUCUUCUAUAUUUUUCGAGAAAGAGAAUUGAUAUAUGACCUAUUCGAAGCUGCCACCGGUAUGCGAAUGAUGCAUAAUUUUUUUCGUAUUGGUGGAAUCGUUGCUGAUUUACCUCAUGGGUGGAUAGAUAAAUGUUUGGAUUUUUGCGAUUAUUUUUUAACAGGAAUUGCUGAAUAUCAGAAGCUUAUUACACGGAAUCCCAUUUUUUUAGAACGAGUUGAAGGAGUAGGCAUUAUUGGUGGAGAGGAAGCAAUAAAUUGGGGUUUGUCGGGACCCAUGCUACGAGCUUCCGGAAUACAAUGGGAUCUUCGUAAAGUUGAUCAUUAUGAGUGUUACGACGAAUUUGAUUGGGAAGUCCAAUGGCAAAACGAAGGGGAUUCAUUAGCUCGUUAUUUAGUACGAAUCAGUGAAAUGACAGAAUCCAUAAAAAUUAUUCAACAGGCCCUAGAAGGAAUUCCGGGAGGGCCCUAUGAAAAUUUAGAAAUCCGCCGCUUUGAUCGAGUAAAAGAUACUGUAUGGAAUGAGUUUAACUAUCGAUUCAUUAGUAAAAAACCUUCUCCGACUUUUGAAUUGUCGAAGCAAGAACUUUAUGCGAGAGUCGAAGCACCAAAGGGAGAAUUGAGAAUUUUUCUGAUAGGAGAAUAUAUUAAGGAUUCGGAUUCUGAUUUCACGAUGAUCAGUGUAAUGAAUUCCGUGAACACUUCCAUUAAUGAAGUCGGCAAAUGCUUGGAUUCUCAGUUAUGGCACGCAUGUGCUGGUGGUAUGGUACAAUUGCCGCCAUUAAACUCCAAGGUAUUCUACUUGCCUCAAGGCCACGCCGAACAUGCUGCAUCAGGAAACGUGAAUUUUGGGGAUUUCUCUCCAAUCCCACCUUACAUUCUGUGUCAAGUUUCCAAAGUGACGUUCAUGGCAGAUCCCGACACCGAUGAGGUUUAUGCUAAAAUCGGUCUUCUCCCCUUGUUGAAACAUAAAUAUUAG